AUGACCUCCAGUAUCUUCGGAAUGACAGCAGAUCAUGAUGGUAUGGAUAGUGGUGGGUUGAAGCUUUCACAAACGACCUCAACCAUCUCUAUGGGCGAGGAGUUUUUCUGUUCUAGCAAUACCAGUGCUUCCAUCCUGGAUUCUCCGCUUCCGAAAGAGACUUUCAACUAUAUCGAUAGUAUAACAGAUAUUGACACGGAUAUCAUGAAUCAAAUAUUGGAGCCACGAGCUGGGCUAGGUGCUGGAGUAGGCGACAACAACGUGCUUCACUGUAUAGAUCCGUAUCCUGCAGAACCUCCAUGCUAUGAUUUCGCUAAUCCAUCAAAAGUCAUUAGGUACCCCAUAUAUGAGCACUGUUGUCCGUGCCUGACUUCUGUGCAACCUCCAAGUUAUACGCCGUCUGUGGAAUACUACACCGUGGUGUCUAUGAAGAUGGAGAAGUUGUCGCCCUUUGAGAAUGCUACUUCCAGAUUAUGGAACAACUUUAUUCUUCAGAUAAACUCCACCCAAAUAAAUUUUUUCUCUAUCGACGAUUCGUUAACCAUAAAUAUUAAGAACUAUUGUGGUGGUGAUAUGUUUGACCAUUCUCAUCACUCAAAGAAUGCCAGUGACCGUCAUCAUCCAGCCCGGUCCUUAUUGAAUGCGUUCACCACAAAUUCCACUUAUCAAUUUGACAAGUAUGAUAAGGAAAGAAUAUGCAGGGAGAUAGCGCAAGAUAAAACCAGAUUUUUAUCAAACGAGCGCCUCUUCAAGAGUUAUUCCCUGCAAUGCGCGAAAGUUGGUCUACCUGUAGACUAUUCUUCCAGAGAUUUUGUUUUGAGAAUGCGUUGUGAGGGGCAACAGUUUCUAGUGCAGUUUUCUCAUGUGGAUGAAUUGAUCUACUGGGCUAUGUAUUUGAACAUGGGCAUAUCAUUAUCAUUGGAUCUGGAACUGAGAGAACUUCCCACCUAUAGAAGCGUUCCUAGAAGAAGGCAUCCAAGAACGAGAAGAUCCAAACAGAACAAUAAGAAAAAGGACAAAAAUAGUAAUAAAAGAAAGAGCAAUAGUGGCAAAAAUGAUCUACAUUCCAAUCGUCUGAUUCUAAGAAGAUCUAACACCUCAUCUGUAGUAACAAAAGCCGCUACCGCCAACGAACGCCCAAACAAUAAAUCAAGAUCAAGGAGUUUCAGUUUGCUAUCUCCGUCUGCAUCUGCUGCCGGCCAUGAUGUGGACGGGACUAUUAACUCCGGUUCAUCUACAAGGAAAAGCUCUCAGAGUGAUGUAUGUGGCUUAUUUACAUCAAAACUAAGGCAUUUUUUCAAAACAGACUUUAGUUCUAGAAAAAACUCGAGUAUGAACAUUGGGCAAAGCAGGAGAUCCAGCGAAUUGAAUAGCGUUCAAGAGGAAAUCAAUGACGAUGGAAGUGCAAUAAACACUAAUUCAUCGGUUUUAUCCCCCGCCUUUUCCCCCACAGCACAUUCCCCCUUAACAUCACAAUCGUCCAUUCAUGAAAAUUUCAGAAGCAGAUCAAGUUCAAACCCCAUGGAUCCGUUGCAUUGUGAUCAGUCAAUGUUGAAGGUCACUGGUCCUGACACGCCAUUUGAAAGUACGAGAAAGCCAUCUAUUUUAAAUUCUAUCAAGCGCAUAAAUCAUGGAGAAAGGUUAAGUGACGGCGAUGAAGACGAAGACGACGAAGAAGACGAAGACGAUACAAACUACGUGGAUGAGGAUGAAGAUGAUUAUGGUGAGGAUGACGACAUUAAUAGGUUGAUGUAUUUGAAUGAAAAUGGGCUUCGUUGUGGGAAUACGAACGUUCACGAAUAUGGGAAAAUAUUCAGUACAAGAAACUUUUCUGUAUCUGCUUGUAUAAAUCAUGACUUUCCGAAAAGAUUAUCAUUGAAACAUGGAAAUAGAAAGCGGUGUAGUGAAGAUUCGAAGUGGAUACCAACCACACAACUCGUUUCAAGAAAGAGAUACAUCAAGGACUCAUUAAGGUGUAUCAAACCUCUAGCAGAAGAUCAUCCGUGGGUAGGUAAAAUUAUUUUCAAACCAGCGCUGCCACCCCCUUUUAAAACGAAUAAUUUACCUAUUAGAAUACAUAAUGGUGAAAAUAAUACAGACUUGAGUCAAGUGAAAAACCAUUAUUUGAAAGCGUACAUAGUGGGGUCGUCUGGUUUUUUGAAAACUGGUCCAAAACUUUUUCACUCUUGUGAUAAAACUAACGAACUUACGAAUUUAUGA